AAGGGGCUGAGUUCGGGUGGUGGCGCCGGGCGCAGCGCAGGGGUCACGACAACGGCGACGGCUGACGGCUGGAAGGGCAGGCUUCCUUCGCCGCUUGUCCUCCUUCCCCGGUCCGCUCUGUGUCAGGCGCGGCGGCGGCGGCGCAGCGGCCAGACUUCGUCCCUCCUCCAGCUCCCCCACAAGCCGGAGCGGGCAUUCUUCCCUUCGCCAUCCCCCGGCCCUUCACCCCGGGUACUGGGCGCUUCCUCCGGCGCAGCUCAGGGAGCGGGGGCCGGUCUCCUGAUCGACUGUCGCGCCUCCAUGUCGGAUAACCAGAGCUGGAACUCGUCGGGCUCCGAGGAGGAUCCGGAGACGGAGUCCGGGCCGCCUGUGGAGCGCUGCGGAGUCCUCAGCAAGUGGACAAACUACAUUCAUGGGUGGCAAGAUCGUUGGGUAGUUUUAAAAAAUAAUACUCUGAGUUACUACAAAUCUGAAGAUGAGACAGAGUAUGGCUGCAGAGGAUCCAUCUGUCUUAGCAAGGCUGUCAUCACACCCCAUGAUUUUGAUGAAUGUCGAUUUGAUAUUAGUGUAAAUGAUAGCGUUUGGUAUCUUCGUGCUCAGGAUCCGGAUCACAGACAACAGUGGAUAGAUGCCAUCGAACAGCACAAGACUGAAUCUGGGUAUGGGUCUGAAUCCAGCUUACGUCGGCAUGGCUCUAUGGUGUCACUGGUGUCUGGAGCAAGUGGCUAUUCUGCAACAUCCACCUCUUCAUUCAAGAAAGGCCACAGUUUACGUGAAAAAUUGGCUGAAAUGGAAACCUUUAGAGAUAUCCUAUGUAGACAAGUUGAUACUUUACAGAAGUACUUUGAUGCCUGUGCUGAUGCUGUCUCCAAGGAUGAACUUCAAAGGGAUAAAGUGGUAGAAGAUGAUGAAGACGACUUUCCUACAACACGUUCUGAUGGAGACUUCUUGCAUAACGCUAAUGGCAAUAAGGAAAAGUUAUUUCCACAUGUAACACCACGAGGAAUUAAUGGCAUAGACUUUAAAGGGGAGGCGAUAACUUUUAAAGCAACUACUGCGGGAAUCCUUGCUACACUUUCUCAUUGUAUUGAACUAAUGGUAAAACGUGAGGACAGCUGGCAAAAGAGACUAGAUAAGGAAACUGAGAAAAGAAGAAGAAUAGAGGAAGCAUACAAAAAUGCCAUGACAGAACUGAAGAAAAAAUCCCACUUUGGAGGGCCAGAUUAUGAGGAAGGCCCAAACAGUCUGAUUAAUGAAGAAGAGUUCUUUGAUGCUGUCGAAGCUGCUCUUGACAGACAAGAUAAAAUAGAGGAACAGUCUCAGAGCGAAAAGGUCAGAUUACACUGGCCUACAUCCAUGCCAUCUGGAGAUGCCUUUUCUUCUGUGGGGACUCAUAGGUUUGUCCAAAAGCCCUAUAGUCGCUCUUCCUCCAUGUCUUCCAUUGAUCUAGUCAGUGCCUCUGACGAUGUUCACAGAUUCAGCUCCCAGGUUGAAGAGAUGGUGCAAAACCACAUGACUUACUCAUUACAGGAUGUAGGUGGAGAUGCUAAUUGGCAGUUGGUUGUAGAAGAAGGAGAAAUGAAGGUAUAUCGAAGGGAAGUAGAAGAAAAUGGGAUUGUUCUGGAUCCUUUGAAAGCUACCCAUGCAGUGAAAGGUGUUACAGGACAUGAGGUCUGCAAUUACUUCUGGAAUGUUGAUGUUCGCAAUGAUUGGGAAACAACUAUAGAAAACUUCCAUGUGGUGGAGACAUUAGCUGAUAAUGCAAUCAUCAUUUAUCAAACGCAUAAGAGAGUUUGGCCUGCUUCUCAGCGAGAUGUAUUAUAUCUUUCUGCCAUUCGAAAGAUACCAGCCUUGACUGAAAAUGACCCUGAAACCUGGAUAGUGUGUAAUUUUUCUGUGGACCACGACAGUGCUCCUCUAAACAAUCGAUGUGUCCGUGCCAAAAUAAAUAUUGCUAUGAUUUGUCAAACUUUGGUAAGCCCACCAGAGGGAAACCAGGAGAUCAGCAGGGACAACAUUCUAUGCAAGAUUACAUAUGUAGCUAAUGUGAACCCUGGAGGAUGGGCACCAGCCUCAGUGUUAAGGGCAGUGGCAAAACGAGAGUAUCCAAAGUUUCUAAAACGUUUUACUUCUUACGUCCAAGAAAAAACUGCAGGAAAACCCAUUUUGUUCUAGUAUUAACAGUGACUGAAGCAAGGCUGUGUGACAUUCCAUGUUGGAGGAAAAAAUAAAUUGAAUGCUCUAAGCUGGAACAUAGGAUCUGUAGCCUUGUCUGUGGCCCAACACCCUGGCCUUGUAUACAAAAAUGAAGAAAUAAUUGCAAUAGCAAAGGUGAACAUCUAACACUAGCUGUCUCCUGCUAGAUCUCCUCGCUCAGCAUAUAACUAUAAAUACAUGUAAAAUUACAUGUAUAUGGCUAUAUUUUUAUUUGCUUGCUCCUAGAAGAGAGAAAAAAAAUCGACUUUGAAUCACAACUAGGAAUUGAUGCUUUAAUUUUUGGAAACUUUUUCAGAAUUUUUAAUUUACUAUGGUCCGGCCUAAGAUCCUCAUUUGUAUCAGGUUUCGUGCAUAAAAGAAAAGCACAAAAGUUAAAUGCACAUGGGGCAUGUGCUUUCUGUGCACCAAAUAUCUGGAUGGGGCUCUUUUUUCAGGCCUACGGUUAAAUCUGUGUUCAGAAUUUUUUGACUUUUUUGCUUUGUAUAAUCAUAGAAUUCAUUGCUGCUGAUUUCUAUAAUGAUUCAUGUUAUGUAAAGUGUCUCUUAAUAACUGAGGGCUGUCAAUAACCUGUGAUUUUGCCUUUUCUAUAGUCUUACUCCUAUGAAGAACCUUGGUUCUGAUGGAGAAAGAGUGAAAAGCUUUAUUUUUUUCCGCCAGGUAUCUUUAUAUUUCCAUUAUAUUUUUAGUUCUGUUCUGUGUGCUACAGAUUUUUUUCAGUUUCUUUACAAACACAAUUUGGUAAUUCCUCAAUUGGUUCUGCCUGCCUCCAAACAGAAACAUUACAGACCUUGUGGGUAUAAACUACUUUCUGGUACAAUGGUAAGGAUAAAACAAGCUCAUGUUUUCUUGAAAUUUGUAAGAAGAUACACGGUAUUUCUUGUAAAGGUAAAUCAGGCUGUCUGGGUGGUAUUUGGGUCCGUUUAAAGGCUGUGUUGGAAGAUACGCGUAGAAAACGUGAGCAGCGCUCCUGUUUGCCUCUUGCUCAGAAUUUUCAGCGGAGCAGUAAAGGAUUCCAUGUGAUUCAAACUGAAAUUCUUCCCUUAGUUGCUGUAAGAACUUAAAUGUAAAAUACCUUCUUUAGUUUUAGGCCUCUGUGAAAAACCUUGAAGCAUGGAGUUGAGGCAAGGAAUGGUACUCACUGAAGUAGAAAUGACUGCCCACUUCAAAAUCUUCAUUGUGUUUUUACACAAAUGUGCUUACAUAUGUCAGAGGCAUUUUGUACAUGCUUUGCUGACUUGUUCAUCUCUGUAGAAACACAGAAAUCAGACCCAUUUUGUAAAGCAGAAAGUCAUGUCGCUUAGAACAUGUCCUGUAUAUAUUUCAUACAUGGUAAUGGAGUCUUAAUGAUGAAUGCAAGAUGAUAAUUUAAUGAUGGGAUUAGUCUGAUCACUUAAUAUGCACAAUCCUGGAAGUGAAUUACUUGCAUCAGUUGUAGUGGUAUUUAUUAUUCUGUACAGAGAGGAAAAUACGUAUAAAACAUAUGCUUAUAUUACAUGCACGCAGAUUUCAUGCUCCAUAAAUCUUUUCUAUUUUUUAAUUUACCUUUCUCUAAAUGAUGUGCAUGGAAUAUGCCUUAUUACAGAAAAAUGCUGUUCAUAAUUUGACUGUGUGGAAAAGUGCCUAUACGGUGGUAAUGCUAGUAAGGCAAAUAAGACAAAUUAUCAUACGAGUUUACUACAUCACCAGUUAGCAUUUUAUAUUGUGAUGUUUAAAAAAGAAAAGUUUAUACCUCAAAUGUGUAUUUUAUUUUAUUUUACAAUCAGCUAUGGGGUUGGGAUAUGGGAUAUUGGGAGGGUUGGGUGGGGUGGGGAGGUUUAUUCACCUUAGCCGCUAAUGGGAAUCCUCAAAAAAAUUCUCUAUGCCCACUGUAAAUGUUACUCUGUUUGCCAUGUCUGGUAACUAUCAUGAACACAGACAAGUAACUCUUUCGUAACUAAAUUGGAUAGCUUCAUUUUACAAAGUUAUGGAAAACUUACAAAUCAAUGUCUAAAUCUAAUUACCCUUGGUUGCAUUUACACUAAAUGUUAAUGAUAUACUUUUGCAAUUCUGUAAACAAAAUGAUUACACUAAAAAUAUUUAUAUUAAAAAAGAAGAAGAUAUGUUUACCUUUCAAUAACUGUACAGGUACUUCACUAGAGUUAAUCCCAUCCGAUCAGACUUAGAAAUCAGUUGGGGAAUACUAAGACUUUUACAGAGGUCAGAAUUUGGAGAGGUACUAGCCGUUUUAAACAUAUUCAGACCCUCUGGGGUUAUAUCUGUAUGACUAAUUCCUAGUCAGUGUCUGAAUGGACAUGAUGUUUUCCCAAACACAGUAAUUUCUUACUUCUCUUCCCCAAACAAAAACAAAACAAAACAAAUUAUCCUUUUACUCUUUUUUCUACUCACUCUUUUGUACUGUGAUAGAGACUUGAAAAAUAUUGGUGAUGAUGGGUUUGUCCCUGAGUGCCCACUGUACAGGACAAGAGAGCACAGUGUUUCACUUGGAAUUAAGGACUCCUAAUUUUGAGGUGGGGGGUGAUCACAGCAGCUCUUGGUUUGGGAUCACCACAAAGACAGCCAGACCAAGGAGAAGAUGGCUGGGAGAGAGGGUCAGAAUACAAAAUAAGGGAAAGGAGCUACAGGUUUUCUACUUGUUCAGUUUUAUCGGCUAAUUUGUACACCUGUACAACAUCAGUGUCAGCUGCUAUUAAGAAAAUUUUAGUUGGGCUGAGCUGGUUCUCUUGUAAAAUUGUGCUGGUUAUCUUUAAGCUUAUCAGUUGUUUGUCCAGUUAAACACUUUCACCAGUAUUUAGUCCGAGUUGUACAGACAAUGUAUUUGGAUUACUGUCAUUGUUCAUCUACAAACUCAAAACAUAAUCAUUUUAAAGUACCUUGGGAGUGUGUAGAGUGUAACUAUUCUAUAAUAGCUUUAUGAUCCUGAUGAUGUUUUUAAAAAAAUAAUAAAGUUGGAUCUUCCAUGUUACAAUCACAGAAUUAAAACCAGUAUUUAAAAGUGGAAAAGUAUUAAAAUAUUAUGGACAAAUGUA